AUGUCUGAAGAACAAGCUGAUCCUCAACAACUGAAAAUUUCAACCUAUCUACCAGAUACCCCAGCACCUCGUCCAAUCUCUCCACCUCCACCAUCCCAUUUGAAAAGAGUUGGUAGACCUUUAAGACAUGUUCAAUACAUUCCAACAAAGCAAUUGGUUUAUUUUUCCAAAAACAAGGAACCUACAUUCACCUAUGAUAUCAAAUACAAAACACCAAUCAAAUCAAACAAUGUUGUUGUUCAAAUCAAAUCCGUGGGGUUAAAUCCUGUUGAUUUGAAAAUUCGUAAUGCUUAUUCUUCAAAUUUUAACUAUGAAAGAGGUAUUGGUCGUGAAUAUUCAGGUGUUAUAGCCGCAGUUGGUGAUAAGUACAAGACAACAUGGAAAGAGGGUGAUGAAGUUUGUGGGAUUUAUUUCCAUCCGAAUUCUCUUGGAACUGUUUCUUCAGAUGUUAAAAUUGAUCCAAGUGUUGAUCCUAUUGUUAAGAAACCAAAACAGUUAUCAUGGGAAAAAAGUGGAAGUUGGCUAUAUACUUUUGGUUCUGCAUGGCAAAUUUUGAAACAAGUUGAGAAAAAAAUCUCAAAAGAUUCAAUAGUUUUAAUUAAUGGUGGUGCUUCAAGUGUUGGUUUGAUGUGUAUUCAGCUAUUGAAGCAUUAUUAUAAAUUGGAUAAUAUCGUUGUGAUAUGUUCAGGUUCUGCAAUCAAAUUAACUAAAUCUGUUGGUGCUAAAUUGGCUAUAAACUAUACUGUUAAUUCAGAUUUGCCAAAAGUUUUACAAUUAUUAACCACAACGGGUGUCUAUAGAGAUUAUGACUCUGAUGGAACUCAAUUUGAAUCUCGUGAUAUACCAGCCAAGAAAAUCGAUGUCAUAAUUGAUUGUGUUGGUGGUUAUACAUUGAUGGAGAAGGUUAAUGAUUAUUUAACAAAAGGUGGUUCAUAUAUAACGACAGUUGGUGAUUAUAAAUCUGAUUAUAGAAAAGAUGUUUAUAAUUCUUGGAAUAAUCCUGCAAUGAAUGCUCGUACAAUGUUUGGUUCAAUUUGGAGUUUGAGUUAUAUUCCAUUCCAUUUCAAUCCAAAACCUAAUGAUGAAUGGUUACAAGUUGGUGUUGAUAUGUUGGAAUCUGGGGAAAUUGAUAAUAUUAUUGAUUCUGUUUAUGAUUGGAGACAAUAUUCAAAAGCUGAAGCCAAGUUGAAAAAAGGUCAUGCUCAUGGUAAAGUUGUUUUGAAUAUUGAAGAUUUUUAA